CUGAGAACAGAGUGACGCAUUUGACCCACUCGAGGUGUCCCGUACCGUCCGUUCGUUCGUGGUUUAGCAGAAGCACCAAAAGGAGGGGUACAUACCAUACCAUACACAUGAGGACCUAGGUAGAGCUUCCUUGCGCCCACUACACAUCACCAAGUAUAUAUAUAUUAAGCAAACUGGUUUUGUUCCUUUCAGCACCAAGGUUUUCUAUAUAUGCUCCUAACACCAACACCGUUUCGUGUAUCGUCGAUUCGUCUCUGCGCGACUCUGUCCCGAAGAAAUACUUUGACAUUGAAUAGAGGAUUGAUUGUACGGUCGAUUAGGAUGGCGAGCACCGACAACAGCAACAACAACAGUAUCCUGAACUGGGUCAAGCCAGGCGACAAGAGCGGCGAAUUCAAGCGACAGACUUCUUCGUUCCGGAACUUCAUCGAGAACAAGCCAGGCGCGGAGUUUCCGCCUGAGAAGGGGCGGUAUCAUGUUUAUGUCAGCUAUGCUUGUCCGUGGGCGCACCGCGUGCUCAUCACGCGCAAACUAAAGGGUCUGGAGGACUACAUCGGCUUCACAUCCGUACACUGGGAAAUGCUCGAGAAAGGCUGGCGCUUCGCCACAACCACCGAGUCCCUCCCCGGCGAAAACACCCUCCCAGACCCGCACCACCCCGCCUCCUACACCCACCUCCGCGACAUCUACCACGCCGAACAACCCGACUACACAGGCCGCUACACCGUGCCCACCCUCUACGACACGCGCACAAACCGCAUCGUCAACAACGAAUCCAGCGAAAUCAUCCGCAUGCUCUACCACGCCUUCGACGACCUGCUGCCCGCGGAAUACGCCGCCGUAGACCCGUACCCUGCCGCGCUGCGCGCCGAGAUCGACGCUACGAAUGAGUGGACGUACGACGGGAUUAAUAACGGGGUGUAUAAGAGCGGGUUUGCCACGACGCAGGAGGCGUAUGAGAAGGCUGUGAGGGCGCUGUUUGAGGCGCUGGAUCGGGCGGAGGGGCAUCUUGCUGGGACGGAGGGGCCGUUUUAUUUUGGGGCUGCGAUCACGGAGGCGGAUAUCCGGCUGUAUACGACGAUUGUGCGGUUUGACGUGGUGUAUGUGCAGCAUUUCAAGUGUAAUUUGCGGGAUAUUAGGAAUGGGUAUCCGGCGCUGCAUGCCUGGCUUCGGCGCUUGUACUGGGAUGAGCCGGCGUUUGGUGAGACGACGCAGUUUGAGCAUAUCAAGAAGCAUUAUACGAAGAGCCAUAAGCAGAUUAAUCAGUUUGGGAUUACGCCCGUGGGGCCCGUGCCGGAUAUACUGCCCAAGGGGGAGGAGGUGGCGGCUGUGAAGGGGUCCUGAGGUUUAGGUUGUUGGGUUCAUGUGAGGAUGACUUGAGGCUUCGAGGUGUAUGUAGUUCCCGUCAUGAGUUAGAUGUAUAGGAUUUAGAUGCCAUCACGCUUGGU